AUGUCGACGGCCAACGUGCACAGAAAGCACUCGUCCAAUAAGCGGCGCGGCGAGGACGCCUCCAAGUUUCUCAAUGCCACGCUCAACGACUUUGCCAACGACAUUUACUCUCUGUGCAAGGACCAGCACGGGUGUCGGUUUUUGCAGCGGCAGCUGGAAAUCGGCGGUCCCGAGGCAGCCACUAAGAUCUUCAACGAGGUCCAGCUCAACGUGAUUGAGUUGAUGGUCGAUCCGUUCGGCAACUACCUCAUCCAGAAGCUGCUGGAGAAGGUGAACGACGAGCAGCGCACCAUCCUGGUACAGAACGCCUCGUCGCAGUUUGUGAGGAUUGCGCUCGACGCGCACGGAACCCGGGCAUUGCAGAAGCUCGUCGAGUGCACCAAGACACAGGCUGAAAGCGACAUCAUCGUCCGAUCGCUGGCUUCGUACGUGGUUCUUUUGAGCAGAGAUCUGAACGGCAACCACGUUGUCCAGAAGUGUCUACAGAAGCUGCCGUCCUCGGCGUGCGACUUCAUCUUUGACGCUGCUUGCGAGAACUGCGUGAAGAUCGCCAAGCAUAGACACGGCUGCUGCGUCCUGCAACGGUGCUUCGACCACGGGUCUGCGCAGCAGUGUGAGCGGCUGGCGCUGGAGGUGGGCCAGAACUGCGUCGAGCUCAGCACGGACCCGUACGGCAACUACGUGGUGCAGUACGUGCUGAGCAUGGAGGAGAACCGAUUGCGUGUGAAGAACGAUCCGGACGCGAGCGCCAGGCUGCCCAACACCGUGCGUGCGAUCCAGCUCGUGGUUGCCGCGCUGCAGUCCAGCCUGAUCCGGCUUUCCACGCACAAGUUCGGCUCGAACGUGAUCGAGAAGAGCCUGCGGAUCCCGACGCUGGCUCCGCUGCUGAUCGGCCAGCUGCUCAAGGAGGACACGAAUCUGCGGGUGCUGCUCCACGACGCGUACGGUAACUACGUGCUGCAGACGGCCCUGGACGUGGCCGACGACUCCAGCUUCCGAGACCUGAGCGAGAUGCUCAGGCCGUACCUGGGUGACGUCAGAAACACUCCGCACGGCCGCCGCAUCGUUUCCAAGCUGGCUUCCAGGGGCGGCUCCACGGUCCAGGUUUCUCCGUUCGAUCGCAACGGCUACUCAUUGUGA